CCAAAGGGAAUUCCUCGGUGGGAAUGGUUGCCGGGGGUUAGAUCGGGCUGCCGGAGGGGUUCGGAGCGCCCAUCCCUGCGGGAGCGCCCGGCGGCACUGAGGGCUCGGGACACCCCGGGGACCGGGCACGGCCCGGGCUCCGUCAGCCGGGAGGGCUCUUCCACCCUCAGCGAUCUAUUAAAAGGAAUAAAGCGUCCUGAGCACCUCCGACUUUAGCAAAAAAUACUGGUUCUGCUGUGCUUCCUUGGGGAACAAUGAAGGUUCUGCUGCUGAAGGAUCCCAAAGACAAAGAUUCAGGACCAGAUCCAUAUAUUAAAGAAUUAGGAUCAUACAGCUUGGAAGCAACGCUGAUCCCAGUUUUGUCAUUUGAAUUCACCUCUCUUGACAGCUUAUUUGACAAGCUUUCCCAUCCAGAAUGCUAUGGAGGCCUAGUUUUUACCAGCCCAAGAGCAUUAGAAGCCAUCAAGAUAUGUUUAAAAGAGAAGAGUAAAAAAGAAGCCUGGUCAAAAUCUCUUAAACAAAUGUGGAAUAUCAAACCAACAUACGUGGUAGGAAAAGCUACAGCUUCUUUAGUGGAAGAAAUUGGUCUUGUUCCACAAGGAGAAAAGACUGGAAAUGCUGAGAAAUUAGCUGAAUAUAUUUGUUCAAGAGAGAAACCCAAUUCCUCAGCUCUCCUAUUUCCUUGUGGAGCCCUGAAAAGAGAAGUGCUUCCUACAGUGCUUAGAGAAAAAGGCGUCCCCCUGGAAAGCCUCACUGUCUAUCGAACAGCCCAGCACCCUGAGCUGCAGGAAUCUCUGAGCACUUACUUCUCCCAGCAGGGCAUCCCUGCGAGUGUUGUGUUCUUCAGCCCGUCCGGUGUCAAAUUCUGCCUCCAGCACAUCCAGAAGCUUUCAGGGGAUUUGAUCAACCAGGUCAAGUUGGCUGCCAUUGGCCCCAGCACAGCAGAGGCCCUGCAGGGCGCCGGCGUCGCCGUGAGCUGCACUGCAGGGAGCCCCACGCCCCAGGACCUGGCUGCUGCCCUCCACACGGCCCUGCAGCCCCACGGCUGCUCGGGGCCCUGCUGAGGGCACAGCCCGCCCAGCAAGGCCAAGGUGCUGCUCCAGGAGGGCUGCUCCAGUUUGCACACCUGCUGUCCUACAGGAAAGCGGUUUUUGGGAUUCUGAAGCGCUGUCCUGGUCAGGGAUGGCUGUGAGAAGGACUGAAAUCUGUCCAGCAUCCUUAAAGCAUCCAGCUAUUCCCCUCCCUCCUGUGUGCACCGGGAAUAUUUUAUCCUUGCAAAGCAGCUGUGAACA